UGUCCUAAUAAAACCGAAUUUAUAGUUUACUUUUCUUCCAAGUUUGUUAUUCCUUCCCCCGAUUCUUCGCAUUUAAAGAAGGUGAAACCAUAAUCGAUUCCGAUCGAGAAGUUUUUUUUUUGGAGAUCGAAUCGGUAUGACGAAUCCCGACAAACAGAAUCCCGUUGAAGCUUCCGACGUGGAGGCGGCGGCGAAGACGGAGACGACGCAGGGGUCUGGAAUGUCGUCGUUUUCUGCGAUUACUCAGAGAUGGAAGAGGGAGGAUUUGGUGAAGAAAGCGUCUCCGAUCACGAGAGGGUUGUGUCUUCUGUUCUCUCUCCUUGCUUUCAUCAUCAUGGUCUCUAACAAACAUGGAUACGGUAGAAACUUCGACGACUAUGAAGAGUACAAAUACGUUUUGGCGAUUGCGAUCAUCUCAACGGUGUACACUGCGUGGCAAACGUUUGUAUAUCUCUCGAAAAGAGAGUUCUUCGAUCGCCGGACUUCAAUGUUGGUCGAUUUCUCCGGCGAUCAGAUUGUAGCUUAUCUUCUCAUAUCAGCUGCAUCAUCUGCUAUACCAUUAACCAACAGAUUCAGAGAAGGUCAAGAUAACAUAUUCACUGACUCUGCUGCUUCGGCUAUCAGCAUGGCUGUCUUCGCCUUCGUGUCUUUAGCUCUCUCUGCUCUCUUCUCCGGUUACAAACUAUCCACUCAUUCUUUUAUCUGAAUCUAUGUGCUUCAGUCGUUUAUUUAUACCGUGUUGAUAUUUGCCAUACGUGUAAAUGUCAUUCAUUCUUUUACGUCCUGUUAUGUUGGGUCUGUGACUGUGUAUGUUCUUUGAUGAUACAUUGUAUGAAGUGAAAACAUGUGAACAUUGAUUGAUUGGUUUUAU